AUGGCGAGCGUCUUCCGCCGAGCAAAGAAAGAUCCCUCCCUCGAGGCAGGAAACUCCGAGCAGCUGCGGAGCCCGCCCUGGGACUAUCCCACCACCACUAACAGCAACAGCAAUUCCAACUCCGCCGCCCAAGAAAAGACCGCCGACAGUCUUACGAACCGCAAUGGUGAGCAGGUCAACCACAAUGGCCACAAAGUCACGGCUGGAAUCAAACCCGAAGGGGAGAGCGGUCGCCGCGGAUUUCAUCCAGUGCAUUUCGUCAAGAUCUGCUGGUCAUCUACAAGUUACGUCUCCCGCGCCGUCAACGUCCUCUGGCCCGUGGUGCCCGUGGCCAUCGCGGUGCGAUAUUCUCACAAGGAUCUCCAUACGGCCAUCUUCGUCCUGAACUAUAUUGCCAUGGUGCCAGCCGCGAACUUGAUCGGCUUUGCAGGACAGGAACUGGCGAGAAAGCUGCCCAAGGUGUUUGGCGUGCUGUUGGAGACGACGCUGGGAUCCAUCACCGAGAUUAUCCUCUUUAUGGUGCUGCUGACGAGAUCAACGCCCCUGUACGACGUGAUCAGGUCUGCGAUCUUAGGAUCCAUUCUGGCGACGUUGCUUCUCUGUCUGGGGAUGUGCUUCUUUGUGGGGGGCUUGAAGCGAGAAGAGCAGAGUUUCCACUCGGCAGUUGGUGAAGUUGGUAGUGGCCUGCUCUUGACUGCCGGGCUUGGCCUCAGCGUGCCGGUCGUUUUCUACGCUGCCUUGGCCAACAGCGACCUCAUCACAAGCGCCCAACAACUCGAUGACAAAGUUGUAAACAUCUCCCGCAUUGCUGCCAUAUUCCUGAUCGUGGCAUACGCAUUCUACGUCUGGUUCCAGAUGCAUACCCAUCAUGGGCUGUAUGACGACUUGUUCGAACAGGACGAGCAGAACGACGCAGACCGCCACAAGGAUCUCCGCAAGCCCAAGCUCACUUUUACGGAAUGCGUGAUUGCGCUCGCAGUCUCCAUUGCACUAGUAACGAUUAUUGCUAUCGGUCUCGUCGAGCAAAUCGAGCCGAUCAUCCAGAACGGAGGCGUUUCGGACUCAUUCAUGGGCCUGAUCCUCGUUCCGAUUGUCGAAAAAGCCGCAGAGCAUCUCACUGCUAUGGACGAAGCCUGGGACAACCAGAUGAACUUCGCCCUCAGCCACGUCCUCGGCGCCACCAUCCAGACGGCGCUCUUUAACGCCCCCCUCGUCAUCAUCGUCGCCUGGGGCCUCGACAAGCCCAUGGAUCUCAACUUUCACCUCUUCGACAUAGUCAUGCUCAUCCUGGCCAUCCUCGUCGUCGGCAACUUCCUCCGGGACGGAAAGUCGAAUUACCUCGAGGGCGUGCUGUGCGUGAUCGUGUACAUGAUAAUUGCUGCGGCCGCCUACUACUACCCGAACCCGCUGGAGGCUGAGGACGCUGAGUCGGCGACGGGAGAGGCGGCGACGGGAGAGGCGGCGGUGGCGGUGGUGAAGAGGAUGCUGAAGGGCGGCGUUGGGGCAUGA